CAUACCCUUGAUUGUCAAUUUUAACUUCAACUUGUCCAGUGCUACGUUGACUGCAAAUUUGACGUGUUUGCAACUUCACAUUACAAACCGUCGGUCCUACACAGCAUACAAAAAAUUCAACUACUCCCGCCUUCAACCCUUGAAGAACCUCCGGAUCCUUAGUCUUGUUGCUGACGACUGGUGGUUCUUGGAGUUGUUCAAUACUCCUCCACCCCAGCUUCAUCUGUUGAAUGUGGGCUUGGUACCCAAUCGAAGAAGUUGGAACAUCAGAAACCUUAGGAACUUGCUACAUAUAUUAAAACCAUCCACAACCUGCCACCUCAAAAAGCUCAGCAUCACCUCGAAAUCAUUCAUAGUCCGCCGUCAACAUGUGUUUUUGCCAAACGAAAGUGCUCCUAUUUUUUUCGCCAUUCUUCUUGAAAUUUGGACACAAGCUAUAUAUUCGUCUUCCCUGUCGCUCCAGUUCAUCGAGUCGAAGAAUCUUGAUGUAUUUGUCGUCAUCGGAUCAUUGCUGCUUCCCCGGCUUAAGAUGUUGGUGGUUGACGACUGUUCACAGGUACAGUUACAAAGAUGGGUGGCUCGUCACCAGCAGGUGACACAAUUCAACACGGUGGUAGUUCUAGUGAGCUUUUUGACCUUGCAAAUCUGCAUAGAUGUUUGUGGAACCAAUAACCUUCGUCCUGCUGUGUGGCAGCUCAAUGUAGCAAACGUCCAGAGGCUUCGUCAGUUUAAAAGAGCAUUGGAAAUUGAUGACAGCGACGAUUCAUGGUGUUAGAUAGACGAACAUUGUACUUUAGAGCAUUCCAUACUUAAAAUCCAAUGCCCAGCUCAGGUUUCAAGACCUCUAUUACU